CAAGUAGCAAUAUGAAUUGUUAGUAUAGUAUUUGACUUUUCAUAUAAAAUAGGGAAGGAAAACCCUUGUUAUAAUUUGAUCUAUGAAACGACUUUGAUUAAACGAAAUACGAUUUUUUUUCAAAUGGAUCUUCGUGACCAAAUAAAAAUUGAUAUUGAAUGGGGACAUGAGCGCCUAGUUCGUUCUCAACAAGUUGUUGAAAUCCGGCCUUACGAUAAGGAAUCGUGGUCUGUUCUUCUGCGAGAAGCUCAGACACGCAAUGUUAACGAAGUGCGAUCACUUUAUGAGUCUCUAGUUUGUGUUUUUCCCACUACAGCACGCUACUGGAAAAUUUUCAUAGAGCAAGAAAUGAAAGGUCGCAACUAUGAACGAGUUGAAAAAUUGUUCCAACGUUGUUUGGUCAAGAUACUAAACAUUGAUUUGUGGAAACUGUAUUUAACAUAUGUUAAGGAAACAAAAGCUGGCUUGAGUACGCACAAGGAAAAACUGGCACAAGCCUACGACUUCGCUUUGGAAAAAAUUGGAAUGGAUCUGCAUUCCUUUUCAAUUUGGCAGGAUUAUAUAAACUUUUUAAAGAGCGUUGAAGCAAUUGGAAGCUACGCGGAAAACCAAAAAAUAACAGCAGUCCGAAGAGUAUACCAAAAGGCGGUCAUAACUCCAAUAAUUGGUAUAGAAUCACUAUGGAAGGAUUACAUCGCUUUCGAACACAACAUCAAUCCAAUUAUUUCGGAGAAAAUGAGCGUCGAAAGGUCAAAGGAUUAUAUGAACGCAAGGAGAGUUGCCAAAGAAUUGGAAAUCAUCACUAAAGGACUCAACCGAAAUUUACCUGCUGUACCACCAACUCUAUCCAAAGAAGAGUCAAAGCAGGUGGAUAUAUGGAAAAAAUUUAUAGGGUUUGAAAAGUCAAAUCCCCUACGCUCAGAAGAUACUGCACUAAUAACUCGACGAGUAAUGUUUGCCACUGAAGAGUGUUUGCUAGUUUUGACACAUCAUCCAGCCGUUUGGCAUCAAGCUGCUCAGUUUUUAGAUCAAAGUGCAAAAAUAUUGGCCGAAAAGGGAGAUAUUCAAGCAUCCAAGGUAUUUGGGGAUGAGUGUGCAAACAUUUUAGAACGUUCCAUAAGUGGUGUUUUGAACAAGAACGCUUUAUUGUACUUUGCUUAUGCGGAUUUUGAAGAAGGUCGAAUGAAAUACGAUAAGGUUCAUCAGAUGUACAACAAAUUUUUAUCAAUAAAUGACAUUGACCCUACUCUUGCAUAUGUGCAGUACAUGAAAUUUUGCCGUCGUGCUGAGGGAAUUAAAUCUGCCAGAGCUGUCUUCAAAAAAGCCCGCGAAGACAUUCGAAGUCGUUAUCAUGUUUUUGUUGCUGCUGCCCUCAUGGAAUAUUAUUGUUCUAAAGAUAAGGAUAUUGCAUUUAGAAUCUUUGAAUUAGGUCUAAAGCGUUUCGGUGGCAGUCCGGAAUAUGUGAUGUGCUACAUUGACUAUUUGUCACAUUUAAAUGAGGAUAAUAACACAAGAGUUUUAUUUGAGAGAGUUCUUUCAUCUGGAGGAUUGACCCCUAGUUUAUCUGUUGAGGUUUGGAAUCGUUUCCUUGAAUUUGAAUCUAAUAUUGGAGAUCUUUCAAGCAUUGUUAAAGUAGAACGUCGAAGAAGUGCAGUCUUAGAAAAUUUGCAAGAAUAUGAAGGAAAAGAAACAGCUCAGCUUGUGGAUCGCUAUAAGUUUUUAGAUUUGUACCCUUGUUCAAGUGUUGAACUGAAGUCAAUAGGAUAUACCGAGACUAAUGGGAUGAUAAGUGGAAAAGCUUUUAUUACAACUCAGGUUGAACAAGUCGACGAACAGGUCGUUAGUUUACCUCGUCCAGAUUUUUCUCAAAUGAUUCCAUAUAAACCAAAGUCUAACGCUUAUCCUGGCGAACACCCGCUUGAUGGUGGUACCUUCCCUCAACCACAAGCAUUGGCUGCUUUGUGUUCACAGUUACCCCCACCGGCUUCUUUUCGAGGCCCAUUUGUCUCAACAGAUAUGUUGUGUGAUAUUUUUAAUCGCAUACAACUACCGGAUGUUCAACCAAUUCCUUCAGGCGAUCAUAGCAGUGAUGUGCGUCUAUUUGAUUUUGCUAAAUCAGUGCACUGGAUUGUGGACGAGAGCACAUAUUCUGGUGAAGCUGGUUUAAAGAGAAGACGCAUGCUGCCAGGUGGAGAUGAUAGCGACGAUGAAACACAAAUUCUUGUGCCACCAAUUAAUGACGUUUAUCGGCUAAGGCAACAGAAACGAUUUUCAAAAUAAACACUUUUACAUUAAUUUUUAAA